AUGUCUAAAUGUCCAAAUUAUUCUGAUAUGUCUAAAUGUCUAAUUGUUUUGACAUGUCCAAAUUAUUCUGAUAUGUCUAAUUGUCUAAUCGUUUUGACAUGUCCAAAUUAUUCUGAUAUGUCUAAAUGUCUAAUCGUUUUGACAUGUCCAAAUUAUUCUGAUACGUCUAAAUGUCUAAUUGUUUUGACAUGUCUAAAUUAUUCUGAUACGUCUAAAUGUCUAAUUGUUUUGACAUGUCUAAAUUAUUCAGAUGUGUCUAAAUGUCCAAUUGUUUUGACAUGUCUAAAUUAUUCUGACAUUGAUAAUAAAUCCAUUGGAAGGCCUGGAUCUUCUGUAUGGAAUCACUUUACAAAAGGCGAAGGAAAAAGUAAAGGAAAGCAUACAGCUACAUGUUUAUUUUGUAAUAAAUAUUAUCCAAGAGGUACUCCAAAUGAAUUAGAGUCUCAUUUAGCAACUAGAUGUAUUCAAGUUCCUUCUUCACUAAAAGAACAUUAUUUAAGAGUUAUAUCAAACAAAGAUUGUGAUUCAAAUAAAUAUUUAAAUCAUGAUAAAAUACGUGAAUUGAUGUUGUUUGCAAUUGAAUUGUGGGCAGAUAUGGGUCAUGGAAAACAAACUUCAACAAGGCUUGUAAGUCAAAUACAUUUAUAUCGUGAAAAAAAACCACCCUAUGACCUUCCAUAUGAUAAUGCAAUUUCAUCAUAUACAUGGUGGAAUUUACUAUCAAAAUCAGGUGCUGAAAAAUUAUUAGAAAAUGAAGAUAAUGAAGAAAUUGAGAUUGGAAAUGAUGAAAAUAAUGAAGAAAUCGAAGUUGAUGAUGUUGAAAGUAAUGAAGAUGCUGCAAUUAACAACCAAACAAGAUUAUUAAUUGAAGACUAUAUUAAUAUUGAUAUAAAUUUAUUUAAUUCUGAGAUUAAUAUAAUAUCAGGAAUGAGAGACCUACAACAUCAAAUUAGAAGAAAACAAAAUGCUUCUUUAAAACAACCUACCUUAGAAAUUUUUUUUCAUAAUAGUAAUGAAUAA